AUGUCAUAUAAGUACAGUGUAGCAUUAAAUAUCGAAUUUCGGAAAUGCCUUCAAAUGCUCAAUGUUGAAUCCUCGCACCUUUACCAGGACUGCGAGCAGUUCUUCCGCGAAUGUGCGAGAGUUUUGAGAGAAGGUGGAUAUUUAUGCUGGAUUGAUUUGCGCUAUAAAACACAGGUUCAAGACACACGUAGACAAGCAAUAACGGCAGGACUUGUAGAGGAACGAUGGGACGAUAUAACAAUGAAUGUACUGCAAGGAAUAAAUCGUACAGCAGCGCGCUAUGACAGAUUGCUCGACAAGGUAAUCAAUUGUAUCAUUUCCUCACAUGACGACAUAUAUUAAUU